AUGGAAGCGGGAGGACAUGAUAGAUUGUUCCUUUCGGGAUUGUUUGCUUCCGAACGAAAGUUUCGAAUUAUCAAAACUAACAGAAUCUCUAGAGCAGCAAAAAUAUUAGCAUUCGAAAAAUGGCGGUUUCAGAAGUCUUUCAUCGAUGACAUUAAAUCACUUCUGCGAGUACUUAUCAUGUUCUUGCCCGUGCCGAUGUUCUGGGCGCUCUACGACCAGCAAGGCUCGAUCUGGCUAAUUCAGGGUAUUCAAAUGGACUGCCGCCUCUCUUCAAAUGUACUUCUACUUCCUGAUCAAGUACAGACACUGAAUGCCGUACUCAUUUUGUUAUUUAUUCCGCUUUUCCAAAUCGUCGUAUAUCCUCUCACUGCUAAAUGUUUCAACAUAACGCCUUUGCGAAAGAUGGUUGUCGGUGGUUUUCUUGCCUCGUUAUCUUUCCUAGUCACUGGCUUUGUACAACUUAGCGUCAAUCAAACCUUACCACCACUUCCCUCAUCAAACGAAGCUUACGUGAGCAUAUGGAAUCAGCUGGACAACUGCUCCGUGGUAGCUACUUUUCCAGGUCUCAAUCCGUACACCGUCGCAGCGAAUACGGUGAGACAUGGACACUAG